AUGCAGAGAAACCAUGACAUCUUUAGACCUUUACCUGGACAAGACAAAGCCAUCAGAACUGUGCUGACAAAGGGAGUCGCUGGCAUUGGAAAAACAGUCUCUGUGCAGAAGUUCAUCUUGGACUGGGCUGAAGGGAAAGAGAAUCAGGACGUCCAGCUCAUAUUUCCACUUCCUUUCAGAGAGCUCAAUUUGAUGAAGGACAAAACACUCAGUCUUUCGGGUCUUCUUAAUUCCUUUUUUUCCAAAACAAAAGAAAAGGAAAUAUCCAUUGAGGAAAAUAAAGUAUUGUUCAUCUUUGAUGGUCUGGAUGAGUGUCGUCUGUCUCUGGACUUUAAGAGCAAAGUGAAACUGUUCAUCCAGGAGCCUUUUCAUCAUGUGCCACAUCCCAGUGUUCUGCUGGAUCUCAGCCGCUGCUUUGUUCAUCUGAGCAUCCAGGAACAUCUAGCAGCUCUAUAUGUUCACUUCUCCUUUACAAUCAAGAGGAGAAAUGUGUUUGACCAAACCAAACAAAGUCUGUUGCCUAAGAUUUUUAAGCAGAAAAAAUAUAAUUCAUUAUCUGAACUACAUCAGAGAGCUGUGAAUGAGGCUUUACAGAGUAAGAAUGGACAUCUGGACCUUUUCCUGCGUUUUCUUCUGGGUCUCUCACUGGAGUCCAAUCAGACUCUCUUACGAAAACUACUGCCACAGACAGGAAGCUGCUCCUACAACAAAGAGGAAACAGUUCAGUACAUCAAACAGAAGAUCAGAGAAAAUCGCUCUCCAGAGAAAUCCAUCAAUCUGUUUCACUGUCUGAAUGAACUGGGUGAUGAUUCACUGAUGAAGCAGAUCCAAGAUUACCUGAAAUCUGGAGAAAUAAGAGAAACCAAACUCUCCUCUUCACAGUGGUCAGCUCUGGUUUAUGUUUUGCUGACGUCAGAAGAGAAGAUGGAUGUGUUUGAUCUAAAACUGUUUGUUGGAAAACAACAUAAAGCAGAUGAAGUUCUUCAGAAUCUGUUACCUGUGGUUAAAGAAUCCAGAUCAGUUCGGCUAUGUGGAUGUGAUCUCACUGCUCAGUCUUGUGAAAGUUUGUCUUCAGCUCUACAAUCCUCAAACUCUGUCCUGAGAGAGCUAGACCUGAGUAACAAUGACCUAAAGGAUUCAGGAGUGAAGCUUCUUUCUGAUGGACUUAAGAGUACAAACUGUCAGCUGGAGAUUCUGAGGUUGUCUGGCUGUAUGGUGACAGAGAAAGGCUGUCGUUAUGUGUCUUUAGCACUGAGUUCAAACCCCUCACACCUGAGAGAGCUGGAUCUGAGCUACAAUCACCCAGGAGAUUCAGGAGUCAAGCUGCUUUCUGAAAAACUGGAGGAUUCAAACUGCUCAUUGGACAAACUCGAUGUGGAUUAUGGAGAAGAGUGCAGGAUUAAAGCAGGACUAAAGAAAUGGUUGUGUUUUUUCACACUGGAUCCAAACACAGCAAACACUCGUCUCAUUCUGUCUGAGCAGAACAGAAAAGUGACAAAUGUGGAACAAUAUCAGCUGUAUCCUGAUCAUUCCGGCAGAUUCGAUGUGCAUCUUCAGGUGUUGUGUAGAGAGAGUGUGUGUGGACGCUGUUACUGGGAAACUGAGUGGAGUGGAGAUGUGUAUAUAUCAGUGUCAUAUAAGAGCAUCAGCAGGAAGGGAUGGGGUAAAGAGUGUUGGUUUGGAUGUAAUGAUCAGUCCUGGAGUUUGAUCUGCUCUCCUGACAGUUACUCAUUCUAUCACAACGACAUAGAGACUUGUCUCCCUGUGAAGCCCAUCAUCAGCAGUAGAAUAGGAGUGUAUGUGGAUCACAGUGCAGGAACUCUGUCCUUCUACAGCAUCUCUGACACAACAAGUCUCAUCCACACAGUCCAGACCACAUUCACUCAGCCGCUCUAUCCUGGGUUUACUGUUCAUUUGAAAUCAUCAGUGAAACUGUGUUGA